UCGAGCACUGAUGGUGUACGAUUCGUGGAAAUCCUCAAGAAGGCUGGUGUGAUUCCCGGUAUCAAGGUCGAUCUAGGAGUUGUCCCACUUGCUGGAACAAUCGGUGAGACAACUACCCAAGGUCUGGAUAACCUUGCCCAAAGAGCUGCUCAUUUCAAGAAGGUUACGGAACAAGUGCUUGCUUUCGUUUACAAAGCACUUGCUGACCAUCAUGUAUAUUUGGAAGGAACUCUUCUCAAGCCCAACAUGGUCACUCCAGGACAAAGCUGCCCCAAGAAGGUAAGAUUUCCCUGA